CGAUCAUCCUACACCUCGGAUUCUGCUUGGUUUCGCUUUUCUCGACUUAGUCUGCAGCUUUCCGUCCUUCUUUCACAUCACUUGACGUUUUGUGUCCGAAAGUAUAUCCUUGGCUUGACCAAGAAACAAGUUGCUCUCCUCGGGUCUGCCCGUUGAUUGUCGAGACAUUGGAACCAUGACGGAGGGCGUUCACCACCAUAGGCCGACGCUCAAGCAGCAAAACAAAGCCUUCAAAAGCAAACACUCCACCAAAAGCUCGUUAAAAGAGGCUGCCAAAGGUCGCUAUGCUCGAAAAUCUCAGAAAGCAACUGUUGCUUCCAAUACAGCGGCGCGGUCUCGUCUAGAACGACGUAACAAUGCGAAGCAAGUGCAGGUCAGGAAGCGCCAAGCUUUGAUCUCAGCGACGCGCAUAUUCAACGGUGUAGACGGAGCACCGCGGAUUGUUGCCAUCGUUCCUCUCACAGAAGAUGUUUCAUCGCAUUCUGUAGCUUCUGCGCUCGCAAGAUCUCUCGACCCCUCUGCAGACGAUGUGAGCGAGGGACUGUGCAAGAUCAGAGCAGAACGGUUCAAAACGUCUGUGCAAUUCAUCUCUCUGCCUUAUAAGCGCCUCUAUGCUACUCUUGAUGCAUGCAAAGCGGCCGACUAUGUUCUCUUCGUUCUGUCGUCCGAGGUUGAGGUCGACACUUGGGGCGACACGCUGCUUCGAACUCUGCAAGCACAAGGCCUACCCGAAGUCGUUUCGGUCGUAUCGUCGAGCUCUCCCAUGGAUCCUAAGGAGAAAACGAGUAUAUUGAAGUCUCUCCUGUCGUUCAUCCAAUAUUUUGUGCCGAAUCAAUCCAGAGUCUACGACAUGCACUCAAGUCCCGAUACUUUGAACGCGAUGCGGGAGCUGUGUGAGGGCAAGCCGGGAGAUGUGAAGUGGAGGGAAGAUCGAACCUGGAUCCUCAGUGAGAGGGUUGAGUGGCAGGAUGGCACACUCGCGGUCACUGGUGUAGUGAGAGGCGCGGCGCUGUCUGCCAACCGUCUUGUCCAUUUGCCAAAUCAUGGCGACUUUCAAAUAUCACGGAUCAUGUCUGCCGAUCUUCCACGGCGCGUAAAAUCGGAUCACGCUGAGGGGAUGGAUGUGGAGCCCAUCUUACUCGCGGAGCCCGAUUCCUCUUCUGCAGACUCGCUGGUAUCGAGCAAUGACCCUGACGAUAUGGCGAAUGAACAAACAUGGCCCACGGAAGAGGAGAUGCGCGGUGCUUUCAAUGGGUUCGACCCUCCCGAGGCUAUUCCUAAGGCUGAGAAGGGCACGACGCCCAAGCAUGUGCGCAAGAUUCCCAAGGGAAUGAGCGAAUAUCAGGCGGCUUGGAUCGUCGAUGAUGACGAUGACGAUGUUGAUGGUGAACAGGAAAGCGAGCAGAAAGACGAGAAUGAUUCUGAGCACGGUGAGGUAGAUUUGCAGGAGGAGAAGGAGGAAAUGGUUGAAAUGCUUGUGGACGAUAACGAACUGGAUACAGAGAGCCGGCGGAGUGUCGCGUUCCAGGACCUGGAUGCGGAGGAGGAAAGUCGACAGCUUGUAUCUUGGAGAGAACGUAAACGGGAAGAAGAGGACGACGCGGCCUUUCCUGACGAAAUCGACACGCCGCUUGACAUCGCUGCACGGACGCGUUUCCAGCGCUUCCGCGGUCUACGAUCGUUCCGUACAAGUCCUUGGGAUCCGUAUGAGAACCUUCCACGGGAUUACGCACGAAUAUUCCAAUUUGAGGAUUACAAACGCACCGAGAGAACGGUGAGAAGGCGCAUAGAACAGGAUAGCUAUGGCAUUGAGCCUGGGAUGCGCGUCACGGUGUACCUCAAAAAUGUUCCUCGGGAAGCCAUGACACAAAACCAGAGCGCGCCCCUCGUCCUGUUCGGUCUUAUGCAGCAUGAACACAAGAAGACUGUCCUGAAUUUCAUUGUACAGCGAAACACAGAAUAUAACGGAUCCGUUCGUUCGAAGGAUCCGUUGAUUCUCUGCAUAGGCCCUCAAAGGUUGCGGGUCAACCCGAUAUACAGUCAACACACCCGAGGAGGUGGAAAGGGCGUGAACAACGUACACAAGUUUGAGCGGUAUCUCCGACAUGGAGUGACGAACGUCGCCACGACCUAUGGGCCAGUUAUUUUCGGCAAGCAGCCAUGCGUGCUCCUCAAGGAAACUGAGGAUCCACAGGCUCCGGAGUUGGUAGCAAUGGGCGCCUUCCUCAACCCAGAUACAGCACGUAUCAUAGCAAAGCGUGUCAUACUGACCGGCCAUCUAUUCAAGGUGCAUAAAAAGACUGCCACUGUCCGUUAUAUGUUCUUCAAUCCCGACGACGUCGAUUACUUCAAACCCAUUCAGUUGCAUACGAAAUACGGUCGGACAGGGCACAUACGCGAGUCGCUCGGAACACAUGGCUACUUUAAAGCCCACUUCGACGGGCCCGUCAGCCAGAUGGAUACAGUUUGUCUGUCAUUAUACAAACGCGUCUACCCUAAAUGGAGCGAGACAUGGAAGGAGCAGGCGAUCGAGCCACCGUCUGACGCGAUGGAGGAAUAGAUGUUUCGCUAACGUACCUAUGCGAUUUGACUGCCGCGACACUAUGGCAUUAGGUUAUGUUUUAUAUAACCAACAUUUCUGUCGUUUGGGUAUACCCGUUGCCGCGGAGGACUUGCUGACUGCAAACGGCAGGCCUUGUGAAUGCAGUUGACUACAGCCUCUACAGCAUGCAAUACAAGCAGCACCUCACACGCAGAUCACGACGGCGGUAGGGUUUCCCUCCUCAACCCAAAGCUCACGAAACGCUUGAAAUCCGAAAAGACCUCUCUCUUUAUCGUCUGAUCCACCUUGGGUGGGACUUCUGUGCCUGAAGCGCUCAAAGGCGGAGAGGAUAGUGCAGCGAGAAUGCCCUCUCCGGAG